AAGACACUCAAGCUGCGGUUCCCCAAUCUCUCCAGCUCGCCCACCAUGGAUUUCUCCGACAUCUUUCGCAUGGUGAAUUUCGCCGUCGCGGUAUUCAUGGUCCUCGGCGGUAUCGCGAAGCUGUUCCCGUUCACCGAUUUCUCGCACAUAAUUCUCGGUGUUUAUCUGAUAAUCUUCGGUCUUGGCACUGCUUUGCUGGAAUUCCAGAUUCCCCAGCAAGUCGCCCGAUAUGCAUCCUUCAUGUUCUCCUUCCUCGGCCGCGGUAUCUUCUACGUCUUCGUUGGCUCUGUCAUCGUGGGUGAACGUUGGUUCCGUUUUGUCCCAGGUACCAUCGUAGGCAUCAUCGGACUUGGUUACUCUGCUUUGGAGUUCAUCCCAUCGAUCGAGCCUCCAGCGAACAUGCGCGACGCCGAUGCCGGUUGGGGCGCCGAGCAAGUCUAGAGGUCUCAACCGCAGCCUUCGCGAAUGGCUUUAGAAGGAUACGCGUGCGUAUCUCGACACCCUCGACGCUGAAGUCUUGGCUGUUAUUUGUGUACUAAAAGUGUGUAACUUGGACGGAGGCUCUGUUGGUUAGGAGUUUAUGGGUGGCGAUAGUCCUGUAGUUGAACGUUGGCUUUUUGAAGCGUGAGGUGGAUUUAUGCUGGCCGUAUUCAUGGAGAUAUCCUGUG